CGUUGCAGGGCAGGUGGUAACAUGAAUAAAACUGAAUGUCAGUCAAUAGAUUCGUAGGCAGCGAAGAAAAUCAGAAUGUGUUCAGGUUUCUGCUAAUCUAAUUUGCUGCUUCUACAUGGUUGGGGACCUGGAAACCUGUAGUUUCUAAACUCUCUGGUAAGUUUCUCUGAACUUCCUUACUGUUGCGUCCUUCAAGCUUCCUUCAUUUUCCAGGGACAAAUAAAAAGGUCAACAAGUUAAGACUUUCCACGUGCCAUGGACUGGGGCACUUUACAAGGUGUGCUCAGCGGAGUGAAUAAGUACUCAACUGGAUUUGGGCGGAUCUGGCUGUCCGUGGUCUUCAUCUUCAGAGUUCUGGUCUAUGUGGUGGCAGCAGAGAGCGUGUGGGGCGAUGAACAGAGUGACUUUGUCUGCAAUACCUUACAGCCCGGCUGUUCAAACACCUGCUAUGACCACUACUUCCCCAUAUCCCACAUUAGACUGUGGGCCUUACAGCUGAUCUGCAUCACCACGCCUUCAUUGUUGGUGGUUCUGCAUGUGGCUUAUCGGAAAGAGAGGGAGAGGAAACACAAGAUGAAGUAUGGAGAAAAUUGUACCCAGCUGUACAAAAACACUGGGAAAAAGCAUGGUGGGCUCUGGUGGACAUAUCUGAUGAGUCUGAUAUUUAAAACAGCUUUUGAAGCUGGUUCUUUGUAUAUACUUCAUUGUGUUUAUGCUCAGUUUUACCUGCCUCGAUUAGUCAAGUGUCCUAUGUCCCCUUGUCCAAAUAUAGUUGAUUGUUAUAUUGCCAAGCCUACUGAGAAGAGGAUCUUCACAUACUUCAUGGUUGGGGGGUCCAGUGUUUGUAUUAUCCUCAACAUUUCUGAAAUACUUUAUCUAAUUUUCAAACGAUGCUUUAAAUUUUGUAAUAAAAAGCUCAAGAAGGAAGAGGUGAGCUUGUCAAAGGCGAAGCGAAACGUACUUCUGAGAGAGAGUAUUGAGAAGCAAAGUCAAUAAGCAUAAAACCUCAAAAUCUAAUAAUGUCUAAAACUAAUAUGAAACUAAUUUUCUAUUUCAUACCUUGAAGAACUAAUAUGAUCGAUCAAACAUAACAUUAUUGAAAACUAGGCAGGCUUGAGUUCUCAAUGACCUGUUCUUGCUCCUGUUACCAAUGCUCAUGAAGAAUAUUUGUACGAUACCGUUUCAAAUCUUUCUGCCAUGUCGAUCAAAUAUUACUUGUAUCUAUAACAGCUUUCUCCAACCUUUGAUGUAUCCUUCAUUUUGAUUCCACCAUUUUCAUCCUGUUGCAUGUUAAAGGACCAGCAGAUGAAUGUUUGAUGUCCAACCAAUAGUGGAAAGAUGUUGAUGGAGAAAAGGACUGAGCUUUUUUUCUGAUCCCCUAACACUCUCCAAACCUUGUUGGGGGUUGGACCAGAUAUGCCAGAGCAAAUUUGCUUUUUAUAGUUGAUUUGUAACUUUUGGUAUCUAAAACAAUGCAAGAGGUCUCAGAGAAAUGUUUGCACAUGAAUAAACAAGUAUUUCAAGAUUUCCUUUCGGCUUACGGCCUGGUUGGAAAGGUCAGCGCUGACACUCUAAGACCCAUAGAGCAUGCUUGAAUGCAGUUUUCAGUCAAUUUACAUUCCCCGUUGUGUUAAUUAUUUCUUUCUAAAAGUAUCUGACUGCCAUGGAAAGAGCAUGCAUCAACACUAUACAAGCAGACUGAUCACCACUGCAAACAUUUAAGUUUUUAGAACAAAUUAUAUUAAAGUCCCUGAAUUAUUACAAGGAAAUGGAAAAGUACUGAAAGCAAUGUCAAUCAAAGCCAUCGCUGUGGUUUUUAUUAAGUAAGUGUUUAAUACCAGAAGGCAUGCAUUGAAGGUGAGAGGAGGUACGCUUAGGGGGGAAUGUGAGGGUCAGAGAGUGGUGGAUGCCUGGAGUGCACUGCCUGUUGUAGAGGCACAUACAUUAGAGGCUUUUAAAAGAUGUUUGGAUAGGCACAUGGAUGCAAGGAAGAUAGAGGGAUAUGGACAUGGUGUAGGUAGGAGGGAUUAGUGUUUGGUUGUUUUUGAUUUGCUUCUUAGCUGGUUCAGCACAACAUUGUGGGCCGAAUGGCCUGUUCUUUUGCGUACUCUUCUAUGCUCCACGUUCUAAUGGACAGAACCACCAAAAAGUCUUUAAUUUCAUGUUUGCUUCUGGAUGCUUUUAAUGACAAAUGAUACUAUCUCUUAAAAUAUUUUCCAUUUCAUACUUGGAGAAACUAAUGUGAUCUGAUCAAGCAUGAUGUUAUAAAAAACUCGGCAUUUUUUAUGUUUUAUAUAAAAUUUUUAUUUUUAUUAUUUUAAAAACUAAAUGCUGUGUUCACACUGGCAGUUGUUAGCUAUCUGAAAAAGGUAAUACUAAAAGAUAAGACAGCAGGGAAGGGUGAUCCUGGCUAAAGGAAAUGGAUGUUAUUAACUGUUGCAUCAUCUCUAGGCUUGUUGAGCAAGGUUAAUGCACUCAGCCGAGGAUGUGUAGGAAGAUAAGCACUCAUCAUUGUCACAUCAGGAUCAUUUACAGUAGACAUUUACUAUUUCUAGUUCAGAGUGAUAUCAAAUAACUGUUGAUUUGCUUUGCCAUUAAAUUAACCCGAAAUUCAAUCUUUAUUGCUCUGUCUCUUUUCUGAAGUUCCAUAACUCUUAAGAUGUUAUGAUGGUCUCUCAUGAUGGUACAAUGUGGCCAAUCUAUUGGAAAUAGAUAUGAAUCAGAGUUGCUACCUUUAAUAACAGACAUCUAACUGUACCAGAAUUUUUUACUCUGGACUCACUGACUGCUGCGAAUUCACUGGAAAUUAAAUAACACAUUUACAUUUUAUACAGAGCUACUGCCUUUUCUCUUGUGCUUGAGAACCUGUACCACUGUAAGACUGUCUCUGCAGUUGUGCGAUAAACUCGUGCAGCGAAAUUUCAGAGAAGCUUGGUGAAUAGCAGGCACAAUAUUAGUAUCAUCCCUCGCAGAAAAUUCUGGCUUAUACCUUAUGUAAAGUUUGCCAUUCUCUGAAGCAUAGCCACAUCGCAAAACAUAUUUACUAUUGAUGGAUUGUAUAAAUUAUAAGAUGUACAGACUGCACUGUGAGCAUAAAUGACAAUAUCAAUAACUCAAAGACAAUAAAAAUGUAAAAGAAAAUGUUUAACUUUACAGCAUGGACUGUGAAGAAUCACAGUGCAACUGCUUAGAAUUGAGGGAGGUAUCCCCGUCCACUAUCAUUCCUGUCUUCCAUUUGAAGUGCUUAUGUCUGUGUCCAAGAAUGUCUUUUCAAAAGCAACAAAACAGUCUGCUGGAAGAACUCAGCAGGUUGAGCAGCAUUUGUGGGAGAAAGGAACAGUCAACAUUUCAGGUCAAAACCCUGCACCUGAAGUCUCUUGUGUCUCAUUGUCCUUUCAAAGUUUGCAUCAAAGGAAUCCAGAGAUUGUGAUGUCUACUCUAAGUAUGAAGUCAGUUUCUUAAAAUAUUUAUUUUGUAUUUUUUAAUGUUGUUACAUUUGUAUUAUUGAAAAUAAAUACAUUAAUUUGAAAUAUAUGAUUAUAAGUCUUACUUUUAUACUAAUUAUCUAGAAUUCUGUGAUAAACAUUGCUGCUUCAAUAAAAAGGCCAUUUGGAUA